CUGUGAUGAUUUGACAAUUUGCGUUCUGAGCGGUAUUGUUGUGCGUGUUUCAGAUAGAAUAUUCGCCAUAAAUAAAGCAAGUACCAAGUGAAUAAGUCGCAAAAUGGUAUCAAAGGCAGUGACUGUGCUUCUUGCACUCUGUCUCACGGCCGUGAGUGGGAAAUUAUUGCGGAUUCCUCUGCACAAGGAGGAAACUGUGAGGAGUCACUUCACUUCAGUGGGAACUGAGGUGCGGCAAGUGACCAUCAAAGCCAACACCGGAGGCCCAGCGCCUGAGCCUUUGUCGAACUAUAUGGAUGCUCAGUACUUCGGAGCGAUUUCCCUUGGAACUCCGCCGCAGAGCUUCAAGGUUGUCUUCGACACAGGAUCAUCAAAUCUUUGGGUGCCUUCGAAGAAGUGUCGCAUUACAAACAUCGCUUGCAUGCUUCACAACAAGUACGACUCCACAAAGUCCUCCACUUACGCCCAAAAUGGAACUGCAUUUGACAUCCGAUAUGGCUCAGGAAGCUUGUCUGGCUUCCUCUCCGAGGACACACUCAAUAUUGGCGGCAUUGACAUCCAGAAGCAGACGUUCGCCGAGGCCGUGAGCGAGCCUGGAUUGGUUUUCGUGGCUGCGAAGUUUGACGGAAUCCUGGGAUUGGCCUACAAAUCCAUCUCCGUGGAUGGCGUCGUGCCGCCGUUCUACAACAUGUACAAUCAGGGUCUGCUUGACCAGCCCAUCUUCUCCUUCUACCUCAAUCGCGACCCCAAAGCCGCCGAAGGCGGUGAGAUCAUCUUCGGUGGCUCCGAUCCGAAGCACUACAAGGGCGACUUCACGUACGUGCCGCUGGACAAGAAGACCUACUGGCAGAUCACAAUGGACGGCCUGACGGUGAAUGACAAGAAGUUCUGCCAGGGUGGAUGCAAGGCCAUUGCGGACACCGGCACCAGUCUCAUCGCCGGCCCCACGGCCGAGAUCUCUGAACUGAACAGACUGCUGGGCGCCACUCCCAUCCUCAAUGGCCAAUACAUGGUGAACUGCGAGAGCAUUCCCAAUCUGCCCAAGCUGCAGUUCAUUCUCGGUGGCAAGGCGUUCGAGCUGGAGGGCAAAGACUACGUGCUGCGAAUUGCACAGAUGGGCAAGACUAUUUGCCUCUCGGGUUUCAUGGGCAUCGACAUCCCGCCGCCAAAUGGUCCACUCUGGAUCCUCGGGGAUGUCUUCAUCGGGAGAUACUACACAGAGUUCGACAUGGGCAACGACCGUGUUGGCUUCGCAGAGGCUGUGUAAGAACCACACAAGAUCAAAUAAAUAUAAAUAGAGAGAUUCUCACAGAACAAAGACACAAGUGUCGAGCGUGUGCCUAGAUUGUGGUCAAUAAAUUGCUGAAAAACCA